ACUAGUUAUAUCAACAAACAUGGCUGGAAUUGGCUCGGAAAAUUUGGAUAAUUGUUAUGCAGCUUUAAUUGGCCUGGCAGAAAACUACAGAACAGCGUCCCCUCCUAAUAUACGACUUUGCAUCCAUUGUCUUCAAGCUGUGUUUGCUUUAAAACCUCCGCCUAAGAUCGAAGCUCGCACACACCUUCAGCUGGGAAGCAUUCUUUACUCUCACACUAAAAAUGUUGAUGAUGCAAAGAAGCAUCUCCUUGCCUCAUGGCAGUUAUCAGCAAACUUGUCACAUAUUGAUGAUGUUAAGUUUGAAGCUGCAAGCCUGCUUGCCUCUAUGCAUGAAAAACAGGGCCAAUCCAGUGAAGCGAAACCCCUGCUCCUCCAAGCCAUUGAAGUGUCCAAACAGUCACCGUUUUGGCAUUGCAGACUCCUGUUCCAAUUGGCGCAAAUCCAUGCAUCGGAGCUGGAUUUCCAGGCUGCCUGCCAACUGCUGGGAGGUGGGGCAGAUUUUGCAGCCGCUGCCGGUUCACAGUAUACCACUCUCCUCUUCUUGCUCAGCAAAGGCAUGCUGUUAUUGAUCAGCAAGGAUGCAGUGCAGGUGAACGAGACUCUAUCUCGCGCAGGCUCCAUGAUUGAGACGUGGACGGGCCACGCUGUUCAAAAGGAGUCUCUCAAAGUAUUCUUCCUCGUUCUCCAAGUGUGCCAUUACCUCGCAGCUGGACAGGUGAAAAGUGUGAAACCUGCGUUGAAACAACUCCAGCAAAGUAUACAGACCAUUACACAGCUGCACUCUGAUGAAGACCAUGUUGGACCUAAGGAGGUGGACAUGUUCCAGUGGCUGCCGAAAGAACACAUGUGCGUUCUUGUGUACCUGGUAACAGUGAUGCAUUCGAUGCAGGCCGGAUACAUGGACAAGGCACAGAAAUACACAGACAAAGCUCUCAUGCAGAUUGAAAAAUUGAAAAUGUUGGACGCCCACCCGCUGCUGUCUGCAUUCCAGAUCAUGUUGCUGGAGCACAUUGUCAUGUGUCGACUCAUCAUGGGCAACAAAACAACCGCCAUACAGGAGAUAUUCCAAGCCUGUCAUGUGUGUCAAGCCCAGCCUCGUCUGUUCACAACACACGGCUCACAGAUACACACCCUUCUUGGCCUGUACGCCAUGUCCAUGAACUGUAUGGAGGCCGCUGAUGCCCAGUUCCACACUGCUCUCAAGCUGUCUGAGAGCUCCGACCUGUCGUUGUUCAUAAACAUGAACCUGGCGAUUGUCUACCUGCGGAUGGGGAAACAGCAGGGAUUUAUGGCCCUCCUCGACAGAAUAGACCCAGACAAAAUGGAACAAACAAAUUCCCACAGCCUGAAAGCAUCAGCCUACUACGUCCAGGGUCUACAGGCUUUCUUCCAGUCCCGCUUCAAUGAGGCCAAGCGGUACCUGCGUGAGACGUUGAAGAUGGCAAAUGCAGAAGAUCUAAACAGACUAACGUCAUGUUCCCUCGUGUUACUUGGUCAUAUCUUCCUUUCACUGGGAAAUAGUCGGGAAUCCCAGAACAUGGUGACCCCUGCCAUGCAGCUGGCUGGCAAGAUUCCUGAUGUCCAUGUGCAGCUCUGGGCUUCCUCUCUGCUCAAAGACCUGUACCGCCUGUCAGGAGAUAUGGCUCAGGAGGAGGAGGAGUGUAGACAGCAUACUAGCUUCUCCAAGUCCCUGCUGGAGGACCACUUCCAGAGCUCCCAGCUGUCAGAGCAUGGCCUCAUACAGUGGACAGAGGGAGCCUGCCCAUUUCAUCUCAACACAUCUGGAGGCCUGAUCUGAACAACGGGAGAGUUGAACGUGUCAUUUGUGCAUAGCAAACUUUGCAUACUGUUUAAUGGACUUUUCCUCUAUGUGUUAUAUGAAUUAACGUUUGAUGGAGAAGCCCAGUAUUAAGGAUUAUUCAGCUUUUUUAAUACAGACAAAUUAAAUAAGAAAAACAAAGAGAUAUUCAAUUUACGACAAGUUUGAUAAAUAUAAUAAUAAAUAAAAAUUAAAUGCCAAGGGGGCAAAAAACCUUAUAUAAUAGUUUGGGAUUGGUCAAGUUGUUGUACAUUGUGCUGACAUUGCUUAUCAUGUUUUCUUACAUAAUUCAUAAGUAUUUACUGCUAAGGUCACCAUUCAAAAAUGUUGCAGUUUGCAUUUGCCCACCUCAGACUUUUUUUUCCAAUGGGUAGUUAGGACAGGUGUUAUAUUUGUGAAACUGAAUGAUGAUCGUGUAUACUGACGAUAUGUCCCGUCCCUGGUAUAGCUCAGGGGAGCGUUUCAGUAAAGAUUUUAGUCAAUUUUAGCCAUAAAUUGAUAUUAUAAUUAUCUUAGUGUCAUACCUGGUAGUUAAUUAUUUUGCUACAUAUUUGUGUAAAUUAAACUCUAGGCAGCAUUGACCAUGAACAUAAAGUUGGGGAUUUUUUUUAUGAAUUGCCAUUUGUGAAGCUUAUACAGAUUUAAGAUAUGACUUAAACUGUUUAUUAAUAUAUGUCUUAAACCGUCAAUUAAAAUAAAUGGCCCCCAGAUCUGUGGACCAAAUUGGCAAUAAUGGUGAACCAAAUGACCCAGGUUUAAUAAAUUAUUUGGCUGGGAGGUUACAUCUGCCAUUUUAUGUUGUAACUUCAAAUUAGAAGAACGCUUCAAACAAUAUUGUUUUUCUCCAUAGGUGACAAAAACAUUGAGUCUUAGCAUUUUGAUUGAGUCAGUUGGGUGACUGCAAACCAAUAUGAAAUUAAAGAUUUGAAGAUUGGUUUAAUUAUGAAAUGUUUUAGGUUUGCAUGCAUUUUACUAACAAGAGAAAACAAUAAUAGUGUAUCAUGUUGUGAUCUAAAUAUCACGCUAAUAAAGCCAUGUGCAAUAUCAUGUUUUAUAACACAUAAAGUAAUCAUUGUAUCAUUGCGUUUUUUUUCGUAAUUAUACAUGUAUUUUGAUUCAGAUUUUUUCCUAUCAUUGAUACAUCAAUUUUUUGUGCAUGUAUAUUACUUUUUUUAAAUAAAAACAAAUGAACAGUA